GGCGCCCGGCCCUGGGCCCGCUCCCCGCUGCAGGGCUGCUGCAGGGACACGGGUACACACAGGCCCAGGAGACCCCUCGCCACUCCAGUGCCCUCACCAGGGCUGAACACACUGUCCAUGGAAAACCCUGGUGUUGAACCCCCAGAGCCCUGCUCAGCACUGCCAAUUCAUGUGAUUCUGCAAGACAGUCCCUGUGUCCUGUGGCCCAGGAAGAGGGCACAGUGCUCUGUGUUCUCCUCUCACGGUGCUGAAGCUGGUGUGCAGAGCUCCCUGGCUGCCCCCAUGAGUGUCCUGCCAGCUGCUCCAUGAUUUGCACUCUGGAUCUGGAGACUUUUUCCAGUUUCUUCCUCCAGUUGACUGACUUUCAACAGCAGCAGUGGAGGCUGGGAUGCCCCCAAACCUUCAUUUCUGAAGAGAUGGCCAACCCCCAGCUCUGAGCCAGGAGCUGAGGGGAUUGAUAGGAGGUCACGCCAGGAUUGAGGCACCUCAUGUGUUCUCUUGCAGGGUGGGCUAUCGUCCUCUGAGGCUGUGUGACAGGGAACUGGCAGGAGAAGAGUCACUUUUAAGAUGACACGAACAGACCCACCUGACAUCCUGGUGUCCACGGUGUACCAAGACAUCAAGGUGGCGACAGCAGCCCCUGGGGAUUCCGUUGUCUGUCAGCCCCUUGCACAAUGUGACGCCUCCAUGUCCUCCUCCCUGUCCCGCGAGCCGCAGCCCUUCAACAAGCGCCACUGCAGGAGUUUCGAUUUCAUCGAGUCGCUGGAAGAGCUGGGCACCCCCCCGGCCAUGGAGCGCGCCUGCCCGCGCCCCGGCAUGCCCGAGCCCACGCCGGGGCCGCCGGGCAGGCACCCCCCCCCCCCCCCCCCCCCCCCCCCCCCCCCCCCCCCCCCCCCCCCCCCCCCCGCGCCGCGGAGCGAGCCCAAGCGCCGGGCCCGCUCCAAGAGCGCCCCGCGGGUCAAGUCCACGCUGACCGCCGUGCCCAUCACGGUGGCAGCAUCACCGCCGGCAGCCCCCCCGCGGGAGGUACUGCGGGUGGCGCGGGAGCCCUCCCACACCGAUCCCUCGCCGCGCCGCGAGGCCCCGAUGCCGCUGCGGGCACUGGCCAACGAGGUUCACCCCAUCAAGCUGCAGCCGCAGCGCAGCAGCGUCAGCCGCAUCUCCCCGCUCUGCCUGGGCAGCAAUUGCUACGAGGAAGGGCCGGGGGCUAAGGUGGGCGCCAGCCCCCACGUCAAGUGCCGAGUGGACAUCAAGCCGGACGAGGCAGUGCUGGUGCACACGGCGCGGAGCCUGAGGGCAGCCCCAAGCCGCCCGGAGCCGCCGCGCUGGCCCCGCACCCCUGGGGCCACCCGCAGCCUGACCGUGCCAGGGAGCCGGCAGGCGUCCGCGUCCCGCACGCCCACCCCCAGCGACUCCUACAGCGGGGACCCUCCGCUGCUGCCCUACCCCGGUGAGUACUACGAGGCAGACCCCCGGGCACUGGCGUACCAGACAGUGCCGGUGCCAGCCUCACGGGAAUUCAGGGAGUACCCCGACAGGGGCUGCAUGACCUUUUCGGCCCCCGGCGUCCCAGCCAAGUUCUUCUACGCAGAGGAGGCAGCGCGGUGCCCCAGCCCUGCCAUGCCGCUCCGCAGCUCUGGUUAUGCCAGCUACCCCUACCCCAGCCGCCACGCCGUGCCCCAGCCCUUCUACACCGAGGAACCCGCCAAGGCUGCCGUUCACACGGUGCCGCCCCGGACGUUGUACGUGGAGGAGGCGCGGGGUUACCCGGUGCAGGAGGCGCCUGCCCGCACCUUCUACGGGGAUGAGCCCCGCUACUACACCCCGCGUGGUACCCCUAUCAAAACCCUCUACGCCGAGGACGCUCGGACAUACCCAGCCCUCGGCUCCUCCGCCCGGCUGUUCUAUGCCGAGGACUACGGCAAGUACCGGGAGCGGGAGGUGCUGUCGCGCACGUGCCCCCCGCCCCGCAGCGCGCAGCCCCUGCACUUCGGAGACUGGUACUGCCCCGAGCGGGCCACGCUGCCCUACCAGAGCCUGCAAUUGUCACGCUUCGCCCCGCAGCCGGCCGGGCGGGAGGCCAUGUUCUCCUCCUGGCACGCCAGCUACGGCGUGACUCCACCACGGCUGGGCCGGGAGACCCAGCACUACUCCAAAUCCUGGGAUAACAUCCUGGCGCCAGCAGCGCGCAGGGAAGAGGCCCUGCAGCGUGGGCGCAGCUAUGAGAACCUGCUGGCCCACGAACAGCACUGUGCCUUAUCCCCCGAGGAGCGCCGGCAGCCUGUGGUGAUCAACCUGUCGAGCUCGCCCAAGCGCUACGCGGCCCUGUCCCUCUCCGAGAGCUCCAUCCUCGAGCGGGUGCACGCCGACGGCAGCCGCGGGCCCCCAGGCCGCUCCUGGUACGUCACGCCGGAGAUCACCAUCACCGACAAUGACAUCCGCGCCGACGGGCUGGGCCGGGGCGAGAGGCGCUCGGCUAGCUGGGACAUGCUGGACGCGGGGCGGGAGCGCGGGCCCUACGCCGUGCCCUGUGCCCCACAGCCCAUCCCCAGGGAGAGUGGCUCGGGGCGCCAGCGCAGCCUGGAGCAGCUGGACGAGCUUAUCACCGACCUUGUCAUUGACUACAAGCCAGCACCGGGUCACCGCGCCGGGGACAGGGACAGCCUGGCGGAGCAGCUCAAGCAGCUGCUGAGCAGUAGCACCUCGGGGCCCCCCCGGCGGGGCGAGGGCAGGCGGGUUCCUCACAACGUGCCCGAGGGACCCCGACCCACAAAAGAGCAGCCGGGCCCCAGCUCCCAUGCCGGCACCCCGCGCCGCCCACCCGCGCCGCCGGCCACCGGCCCCUUCGAAAAGUCACCGGAAAACUGCUCGCCCGACCUGAGCGCUGAGGAGGACGACAUGAUGAUGUGCUCCAAUGCCAAGUGCCGGCGCACGGAGACCAUGUUCAAUGCCUGCCUCUACUUCAAAUCGUGCCACAGCUGCUACACCUACUACUGCUCCCGGCACUGCCGGCGCGAGGACUGGGACACGCACAAGGCCAGCUGCGUCUACGGGCGGGUGGGCAGCGUCUGCCGCCACGUCCUGCAGUUCUGCCGCGACAACGCCGAGGUGCACAAGGCUUUCUCGCGCAUCGCCAAGGUGGGAUACCUCUCCCGCGGCCGCGGCGUACUCUUCCUGGGCUUUCCCAAUGCGGGCUCGGCCGAGAACUUUCUCCAGUUUGGGCUGGAGAGCCUGCUGAUGUCCCCCACGUACCUGUCCCUGCGGGAACUGGACAGCUACUCGGACAACCUGGGGGAAUAUGCCCAGGAGCUGCGGGAGACAGGCAACCAGUACGACCCCAACGAAUGUUUCCUGCUGAAUGUAACCGUGGCCGUCACCCAGAAAGUGCCAGAGAGGCCGUCACCGAAGAUGCAGGUGCCGACGGUCAGGAAAUACGCCAAGGUGGCCUUAGCCUCCUCCAGCCCCGAGAAGAAGAUCUUGAAGAAGGAGCGGGACAUGGAAACGUUGAUUCUGACGCCACCGCCCGGCACGGCGGACAUCGACAAGGAGGGGGAGGAGGGCCGGAAGGCACGGGAGGUCUGCUUCAUCAACAUCCAGCGGGAGCUGCGCAUCCGCGGCGUCUUCCUGCGGCACGAGUUCCCCGCUGUCUACGAGCAGCUCUGCGACUUCGUGGAGAGCAACAAGCGCUUCACCCCCACCACCAUCUACCCCAUCGACAAGAGGACGGGCAAACAGUUCAUGUGCAUGAUUAUGGCGGCCUCUGAGCCUCGCACCCUCGACUGGGUGGCCAGCCCCAACCUCCUGGACGACAUCAUGUGAACGCCGGGCGGGGGGCACCCCCUCGGAAGAUACGUGCUGUCCUGCCAGAACCCCCUCGGCUGUUGCACCAGGGGAAGGGGCUGCGGGUGGCCGGCAGUGCUGGGGGGCCGGGGGGUGACGGGAGCACAGCCCCAUGUUUGCCCUGGAGCCCAGAGCCUGGCGAGCCCCUGCAGAGCCCUCUCGGGUGCGCGGUGCUCGGCCGGAGCGGGGGCGCCCCGCACCCCCAAACCCCUGCCCGCUGCCGGGCUGCCACACACCCAGAGCCCCCCAGGACUGCCCCAGGGCCCCCCAGCGCCGGGGGGCUCGCAGCGGCCAGACCCAGCGCCUGGGGUUGGGCCGCACCAGGACCAUGUCCCCACCGUGUCUGUGUGUCCUGGGCGUGUUACUGCGGCAUCGUCAGGUGCUGGGGGGCCCUGGGUCCCACGCGAGCUCUGGGCACAGAGCGGGACAGGGCUGGGGGUCCCUGGGCGCUGCCGGGGAAGGGGAUCCGCGGG